UUGACUGUUAUGGUUUACUUUCAUUCCCACUCGUGUAGUGAAUAAAAAUGUGAUGCCAAUUGCUGAUGCCUAUUUAUUAGGCUUGAUUAAGUUGUUAAUGCUGCAGGAUAUUGUAGGUGAAGCAAUGGACAUGGCCAAGUACAUGAAAACGCAUCCUCCAUGUCCAAUUUUUAAAGAUGAAACAUGAUACAUAUUCAUAUUUUUUUUAUAAAGUCUAUUAACGAAAGCUAAUGUUUUUAGGGCCGAACAUAAAAUUUUUGUCUGAAAACGCAAUGUUGCUAGUAAUUUGUCUUUCUUUCAGUCAUUGUGCAAAGCUUUUGUAUGCACCGCAUCGUCAGAUUUUGAUUAUGCAAUCAAUAAUAAUUAGGAGCAAGUACAACAUAAAAGGCCAACCCCAAUAAAAACCAAAAGUUUUGGGGGCAACCGAUAAUAACGGGACUAAAAAUGGCGACAGUUUCGAUCCCUUUCUUUCAGGUUGGUUUGAUAUCUAGAAAAAAGAAAAAGCAUGGGCAUGGGAAUGGCCUUGGGUCAGUGAGUUGCGAGUGCGAGUGCUAGUGCAAGUACAGAAGAAUGGAUUCCGCAAUAGCCCAGAAAACAUGGGAGUUAGAGAACAAUAUACUAGCAGUGGAAGCGCCUGACCCUUCAUCCGACUUCAUAUUUUACUACGACGAGGUGGCUCAAGCCAUGUCCCUCAAAGCCAAGCCUUGGGCCAAUGAUCCCCACUUUUUCAAACGCGUUAAGAUCUCCGCCCUCGCUCUCCUCAAGAUGGUCAUCCACGCCCGCUCUGGUGGCACCAUUGAGGUCAUGGGCCUCAUGAUAGGCAAGACCGAUGGCGAUGCCAUCAUUGUCAUGGACGCCUUUGCUUUGCCCGUUGAAGGCACUGAAACCAGGGUCAAUGCUCAGGCCGAUGCCUACGAGUAUAUGGUCGAUUAUUCCCAGACCAACAAGCAGGCUGGUCGAUUAGAGAAUGUUGUUGGAUGGUACCAUUCUCAUCCAGGGUACGGUUGCUGGCUCUCUGGAAUCGAUGUUUCAACCCAAAUGCUUAACCAGCAAUUUCAGGAACCUUUCCUGGCGGUUGUAAUUGAUCCAACCAGGACUGUUUCUUCUGGAAAAGUUUACAUUGGUGCUUUCAGGACAUACCCUGAAGGUUAUAAACCUACUGAUGAUCCCAUCUCAGAGUACCAAACCAUUCCUCUCAAUAAAAUCGAAGACUUUGGCGUCCACUGUAAACAGUAUUAUGCUUUGAAUAUCUCUUAUUUCAAGUCCUCUCUUGAUUGUCAUCUCUUGGAUUUGUUAUGGAACAAGUACUGGGUCAAUACCCUUUCUUCUUCACCUCUUCUUGGCAAUGGAGAUUAUGUUGCUGGACAACUUUCAGAUUUAGCUGAAAAGCUGGAGCAAGCAGAGAAUCAUUUGACACAUUCUCGUAUUGGUCCCCUAGGGACCUCUCGAAAGAAGAUACCAGGAAGAAUCACAUCUUGGUAAGAUUACUAGAGAUAGUUCAAAGAUAACAGUGGAGCAAGCCCAUGGUUUAAUGUCACAGGUGACUGAGUUGUUUCAGAUUCAAAGAAAUUGCACGCCGUAAAUUGAUUCUCAAUUUUAUGUUAUAUAUGAUCAGGUUAUCAAAGACAUCCUUUUCAACUCGGUUAGACAGUCAAAAUAGGUGUCUGGUGAGGCUAUCAGCCAAAGAUGAAAUGAUUACAGCUUGAGAGACCCAUUUUUAACCAGAAAAAAAGGGAAAUUGAUUGCAGGCUGAAUAGCUUUGUAAAUCCUUAGUUAUGGUGGUCAUCUUGGAGCUAAGCUUUUUCAUUCUUGGACUUUUUUUUUUUUUUUUAAAAGUAGGUUUCAUGAAUAUGUUGACAUCUUAGAAUUGAUUUCUCAGACUCUUCUGUGCUUUGCUAAUGCUUUUUAAUUCCAUUUGGAAUUAGAAAUUUUUUCAAACCACCAA